UCACGGACGUAUAAAGUUACAUGUGUUGAUGAGGAAGUGAGUCAGUUGUCAUUCAGACUACUUUACGUUUUAAUUACUAUUUUAACUCAACUAAUGUGUCAGUGUCAGCUAAAUUGCCACAUCAGAUGGGUUCGACUUCGAUACUUUCAACAAAGAUAUUGAUUAGCGUGUGGUCAACCUUUACCAGGCAGGCACGAGCCACAGUUAGCUAGCUAAUGCGUUGCAGAUGACUGUUCUCCUGCAAAUUAAUCAUGGUGAUUCCUCGAGGUAAAGACUUUCUUGUGCGGAUUUCAUUCUAUUGGAAACCACUGUUACAAGGAAGGUUGCUCAUAUUAACAAACACUCUCAGUGGAGGUGUUAUGUUGUCUCUGGGAGAUAUCAUACAGCAAACCAGGGAGAAAAGGAAAGAUCCUCAGAAAAUUCGUGACUGGAGUCGCACAGGGCACAUGUUUGGAGUGGGUUGCUCCAUGGGACCUGUCCUCCACUACUGGUAUUCGUGGCUGGAUAAAAUCUACAUUGGCAAAGCCUUGCACACUGUAGGCAAGAAAGUCCUAGUGGACCAGCUAGUUUGCUCACCAAUCCUUGGAGCUUGGUACUUUUUAGGCAUGGGAGUAAUGGAGGGACACAGUCUAUCCAAAGGCGCUCUGGAAUUCAAAGACAAGUUCUGGGAGUUCUAUAAGGCUGAUUGGUGUGUCUGGCCUGCUGCACAGCUGAUCAACUUCUAUUUCCUUUCACCCCAAUACCGGGUCCUUUAUGUGAACACAAUAACACUGGGUUGGGACACCUACCUGUCUUACCUCAAACACAGAGAAGAUGAACACCCAGGAGAGCUCGUUCUUGACAGUGGUGUCACAAAGGCGACCCAGGAGGAUGUUGGGCCCAUCGCUCCAGCUAAACGGUUUGAGGAGUAGGUUUAGCCCUAGUACUAAACUCAAUACUGAACUCCAAAGAGUUGAAGAUCAAUGUUUCAUUCUUGGAACAGUUGUCUCUUGCGCACUGCAAGGUGUAUAAUUUCAUACGUGUAUAAUUAGUUAUGUGUAUUUCUAUGUGUGUAACUGUUAUGGUGUAAUUCUUUCCAGCCACAGUAACUAUAAUCAACUACUGUUAUCCUACUGUUUAAGAUACCAAUCUUGCCUUAAAAAUGAUUCACUACUGCCUAAUAUUUGUAUCAGUAUUUCAAAUAGACCAAUACAUUUAUCUAAAUUAUGAAAGAUAUAAAUUACUCCAGUAUUCAAUGUUUUACUGCAAGAUGAUUGUUCUAGUGACCUCAGUGGUUAGUCACAGUGAUGUAGAAGUUUUUCACAACAAUUUAAAACUUGAAGCAAUGAUGGUUAAAUACAGGCCCUAUUACUUUGAAAGGAUUUACAGAUUCAACAGUUAAAUGAAGAAUACUAUGUAUUUAUUUACAUAGUUGGUCAUUUAUGGCAAAUGUGUUGAAGAAUGGAAACGAUAGAUUAUGCACAGUCUGUCCAUAAUACAUAUCAAUCUAUGAUCUUGUAUUUGCAUAGGUGGAUGGGGAAAAGUCUGUUAAAUGCUGUGAUUAACAUUUGAAAAAUGAAUAAGGUGUAAUGUUUAUUUUUAAUUUUUAUACAUAAUUGAAAAUGUGUGUAGUUAUCUGACCUGAUUACUCUUACUUGUACUUUAAUAAUACAUUGCAACUCUGCUUCUGAUUUUUUUAUUUUUAUGAAAGGGAUCAAAAGGGUAUAUAACAUGACGUUUUUGGUAGGAAAGGGUUUAUAGAUUCAGUAUUAUUAAAUAUUAUAGUGAGGAAUUCCUCCCACUGUUGAUUAAGAAUCCAGACAGACAAGGCUUAACUUCCUUAUCCACUAAACUUGUGUAUUUCAAAACGGAGGACCAGAGAAGCCUGUGAAAUCCUAUGCAAGUGGUUCCCCUAAU